CGGCAUUACUGUCAAUAAUAUAAAUAAUAAUAAUUAAACCCAAUGUUAAGAACUACGGAUUUUUAAAACAGUAGAUAAUUAUAUCGCGAAAACAAGUAUGGAAGAAAAUGACACUGCAAGCAUUAAUGACCAAAUAAUAAAACCGAUAAAUAAAGAUACUGUACACAGAAUAUGCUCUGGUCAGGUUGUGUUAAGUUUGGCAGUCGCUAUGAAAGAAUUGGUUGAAAACUCCCUUGAUGCAGGUGCCACUAUUAUAGAUAUAAAUUUAAAAGAAUAUGGCUCUGAAUUACUUGAAGUAAUCGACAAUGCCAGCGGAGUUAAGGCUGAAAACUUUGAAACAUUAACCUUAAAACAUUAUACUUCAAAAAUACGCGAGUUCGAUGAUUUACAAUCAUUAGAGACACUUGGUUUUAGAGGGGAAGCAUUAAGUUCCCUGUGUGCAUUAUCUGAUUUGGUGAUUAUCACCAGGCACGAAUUAUCUCAAUGUGGAACCAAAAUUGUAUAUGAUAGAAAUGGCAAAAUAGUUGAGCAAACACCACUAGCCAGAGGAAAAGGUACUACUGUUACAUUAACUAAACUGUUUUCAACGUUACCAGUUAGACGUAAGGAGUUAAUGAAGAACUUAAAAAAGGAAUUUAAUAAAAUGUGUCAAAUGUUAUAUGCAUAUUGUUUGGUAUCCAAAGGUGUUAAAUUCACGUGUACAAAUACUCUCACUUCUGGUUCAAAGAAUACGGUUGUAGCUACCGAUGGCAAAGAUACAAUUCGAGACAAUAUUAUUAACGUUUUUGGUUCCAAACAGAUAUCGUCAUUAAUAGACGUAGCACUGGUUCUUCCAACAGAGGAAAUUCUAACAGAAUUUGGAGUAAAACAAUUUUUAGACGAACCUUUACCGUUUGAUUUGGAGUUUUUGAUUUCUAGCGUUAUCCACGGCUCUGGUAGAAGUGCUAAUGAUCGACAAUUUUAUUAUAUCAAUUCCAGACCUUGUGAGCCUUCUAAAAUUAUGAAGUUAGUUAAUGAAGUAUAUAAAUCUUACAAUUCUCAUCAGUAUCCGUUUGUUUAUUUGAAUAUUUCUACAAAGUCAGUAUUUGUGGAUGUCAACAUAACUCCAGAUAAAAGACAAGUAUUUUUAGAAAACGAGAAACUUCUAUUAGCUGCAAUAAAGUCUUCCUUAUUGGCAGUUUGUAAACAGUUUCCUUCUACGUAUAAAAUGCAAAAUUUAAAUCUUUCUGCAUUUACACCAGUAGAUAAGGGUGUCAAGAGAAGUCUGACUGAUAGUUCGAUAAAACAAGGAAGUAUUACAGAACGUUUUAAAAAACGAUCAAAGACUGACGAAAGCUCCGAAAAAUCUAAAGUUUCAAUAAAAGAUUUUACUGCCAAGCCCAAAGAUAAAGAAAGUAUAAGUAACGGUAUGGGUUUUAAAGUAGAAAAGAAUAUUUUAGACGAAUCUCAAGAGAAGUUGGACGAACUUAUUGGAAUCGCGUGUAAACUUGCCAAAGAAGAAAAAAAUGAUGAGAGUGAUCACAGUUCAAACUUUAGUGAUUGUAUAGUAGACAAUAUCGUAAUAAGUCUUGAUCAACCGGUGAAUAGAAUUCAAAGAAGGUCUAAAAUAUUUAAUAUAACUUUGGAUGAAAUAAAAAAAUGCAAAGAAGUACCUGAUCAUACUUCAAAAAAAAGUAUUAAAGUUAAAUUCAGAUCUGAAAUUAAAUCUGAACAGAACAAAAGUGCAGAAGAAGAACUGCAGAAACAAAUUAGUAAGUCAGAUUUUAGAGAUAUGGUUAUAAUAGGUCAAUUUAACAAAGGUUUUAUAAUCACUAAAUUAAACGAUGAUUUGUUCAUUAUUGAUCAACAUGCUACCGAUGAGAAAUACAAUUACGAACAACUGCAGCUAAAUACCGUAAUAGAUUCGCAAAUACUUGUGAACCCCAAACCUUUGGAAUUGACCGCAGGAAACGAAUGUAUAUUGAUUGAAAAUUUACAUGUAUUUAAGAAACACGGAUUUUCCUUUAAAAUAGACCAGGACGCUCCUUGUACUAAGAAAGUUUCUUUGAGUGCUAUUCCAAUAAGUCGAAGUUUUGUAUUUUCUAAAGAAGAUAUAAUUGAAAUGUUAUAUAUGUUGCAGGUUUCGAGUCAAUCAUGUGUACCUAGCAAACUUAAAAAGAUGUUUGCAUCAAGAGCUUGCAGAAAAUCUGUAAUGAUUGGUACUGAUCUCAGCAAAACGGAUAUGAAAAAAUUGAUAGAUCAUAUGGGAGAGAUUGAUCAACCAUGGAAUUGUCCUCAUGGUAGACCCACGAUGCGACAUUUAAUAAAUUUACGUCUAUUAGAUCGAAAUAAAUGAUUGUAUAAAAUCUGGUUUUUAAUUAUACUAUAAAAUGUUU